UUGAAGAUGACGAGAAUUCCUCUGCUGCGUUACUCUUGCAAUGGUAUUUCCUUUAGCUCAUCUUUUGCUAUUUCCCGUUCGAGUUCGGAAUUUAUAAUCAGAGAUUAUUCUUCUUUUCAUAGCAAUAUUGAGAAUGUCAAGUGUUUAGAUGAUGCUCCGAGUCUCUUUCGUCAAAUGGUCAGAACGCAGCCUCUUCCUUCUGUUUUCGACUUCUCCAAAUUAUUAAAGACUAUGGUAAAUACGAAGCAUUACUCUGCCGUUGUUUCCCUUUUUCGAGAAAUGCGGAAAUUAGGCAUCCCAAUUAAUGAUUUCAUCUUAAAUAUAGUGAUUAACAGUUAUUGCCUAAUGCAUUGUUCUGACUGCGGAUUUUCAGUACUAGCCAUUUACUUGAAGAAUGACAUUCCAUUUGAUGUUAUCACAUUUAACACCUUACUAAGGGGACUCUUUACUGAAAAUAAAAUCAAAGAUGCGGUUAACUUGUUCAAAAAGUUGGUGAGAGAGAAUAUUUGUGAGCCUGAUGAAGUCACGUAUUUGACAGUCAUGAAUGGGCUUAGCAAAAGGGGCCAUACUAAAAAAACUUUCGAUUUGCUAAGAGUAAUGGAACAAUGAAGCAUCAAGCCAGACACUAGAAUCUAUAACGUUGUUAUAGAUGCUCUUUGCAAGGAUAGAAUGAUGGAUGCUGCUAUUAGCCUUUUGAGCGAAAUGAAACAAAAAGGCAUUCCUCCAGAUGUUGUCACAUAUAGUUCAUUGAUUGAUGGUUUCUGUAAGUUUGGUCAGUGGGAAAAGGUUAGGACUUUGUUCUCUGAAAUGGUAAAUAUUAAUAUUUAUCCUAAUGUGCAAACCUUGACCAUAGUGACCGAUGGACUAUGCAAAGAAGGGAAAGUUGAAGAUGCCGAGGAGGUAAUGAGACACAUGAUCGAAAAAGGUGUAGAGCCAGAUGUGGUCACCUACAGUGUGAUAAUUGAUGGAUAUUGCUUACGCGGUCAAAUGGAUAGAGCAAGGAGAAUUUUUGAUUCCAUGAUUGACAAGAGCAUUGAGCCUAACAUUUUUAGCUAUAACAUAUUAAUAAAUGGAUACUGUAAGAAAAAGAAAUUGGAUGAGGCCUUGCAUUUGUUUCAUGAAAUUUCUCAAAAUGGAUUGAGACCUGACAUUUUCACCUACAAUACUAUCUUGCAAGGUCUAUUUGAUGUUGGAAGAACUGACUUUGCGCAAAAAUUCUUUGUUGAGAUGCAAUCUACAAGGCUCAAACCUAAUUUAUGCACUAAUCGCAUUUUGCUCCGUGGUUAUUUUCUGAAUGGACUUGUUGAGAAAGCUAUGUUGCUAUUUCAUGAGUUGGAAAAAAAGAGAGAAGAUAUUGAUAUUGAACUUUACACUGUUAUUAUUGACGGAUUGUGCAAAAAUGGUCGGCUCGAAAAAGCUCAUGCUAUUUUUGAGAAGCUUUCUUUGAUUGGAUUGUUUCCCAAUGUGAUUACAUACACUACAAUAAUUAAUGGACUAUGUCUAGAAGGGUUGUUAGAUGAAGCUAAAGAUAUGCUAAGAAAAAUGGAGCACAAUGGUUGUUCGCCAAUCAACUGCACUUACAAUGUUAUUGUGCAAGGAUUUCUCAAGUGUGGCAAAAUUAGUGAAAUGAACACUUUUUUGAAGGAAAUGAGUGGAAGGGACUUCUCGUUUGAUGCAAGUACUGUAGAGUUACUAAUAGACGUUUCAGCAAAGGAUCCUUCUUUGCUUAAUAUGAUACCACAAUUUCACUCGGGAAGUUAGAAGUGAGUAUUUAUUUCACUUGUUAUCAAUAUGAUGUAAUUUCCUUUUACCUUGGCCAAAGAAAUCGCAUCCAAUGGAAUGGCAGAAGGUGAAAGCACCACAAUUAGAACAUUGCUUAAGCUUUCCAAGCUAGCUUAUUUAAGAGGUACACCUGUUCUGAUUUUUAAUUCUUUUGCCGCUCUGCUUUUUGUUCUGAAUCAUAUUUUAUUGCACUCUUAAUAUGAGAAGUAACACGAGUUUCCUUAUGUGUGCACAUUAUAAGUCUAGGAUUAUCAUUUUCAGUGGUAUUUAGUCAUCUUCAGGUGUUAUCAUUUUCUAAGUUUUUGAAUAUCAAUAACAACUUCAUGCCAUAUGAGAAGCUUCUUUCUGUGUUCCAUGAGGGAGUGCAAUGUGGUGCUGGCAUGGUCCCUGGAGUCGAUAAUGUCAUACACGUGCCACUCUUACUAUACUGCUAAUAAUUGAAUUUUUACCGUUGAGUCACCAAAAAAUAAUGUAACUAAUCGUCCAU